AUGGCAAACUUGCCAAAACUUGAUUUUGUUGCCCUUGAAAUCAUUGGGAAAAACUACUUUACUAAGGUAGUGGACGCCAGGAUCCAUCUGGAGGAAGGAAACCUUGGAGGCACCAUCAAGGAGGAUAAAAAUGCAUCAUCUCAAGAUCGAGCGAAGGCCAUGAUUUUUAUCCGUUGCCACCUUGAAGGAUUGAAGAGCAAGUACCUAACGGUUGAAGAUCCAUUAGACCUCUGGAAGACAGUUGCUGUGUAUAACUCUGCAAUGUUCAGAAUUAGCUGCCAAAUGAAACUUUGUGGGGAGACUACCACUGAGGAAGAUAUGUUGGAAAAGAAUUUCAGUACUUUCAUGCCUCCAAUGUGCUCUUCCAACAGUAGUAAGAGAGCGAGGCUUUACUGA